GAAGAAACAGAGGAAGAGAGGGACGGGUGAAAUAUGCUAAUCCAAAAACAAAAGCAAGUAAAUUCCAAGCGAAACUAAACACAAACAUGGAUUGUGAAUCGGCGACAACAACUGAUGACGACGACUCUCUUCUUGGGAAGAUAAAAUCCAAAUUCGAAGGAAGAGCUCUCCUUUUUUCGAAAGAAACGUACGGAAUUUGUUUCCACCAACAAUUCAAUCACCAUUCUCUCUCAACAACAACUCUUCAAUUCAAUUCAAUCCUUCUCCUUUAAUUCAUUCAUGGACAAACUGAAUCGGAGUUCCGAUAGAGGAAUGGCGGCCUUUUCUUCUUCUGCCGACAGCAAUACUAGGGCUCCUCCUCCUCCUACUACCACUAGUACCGACAACAGACUUGCUGCACUUGUUCAAUACAAUGCUGAUGCUGGCCUUUUGAACAAGUUUGAGCUUUCCGAUGCUUCUGGUGAGUCUUUCAACUAUUCAAGAUCAGUUCUUGAAGCUCCUGUCUCUGUUCCUGAAGAACAAAUUACUGCCUAUUUGUCUAAGAUUCAGAGAGGUGGUUUGGUUCAACCAUUUGGUUGUUUGCUUGCUAUUGAAGAAUCUAGUUUUAAGAUUAUUAGUUUUAGUGAGAAUUGUUUUGAAUUACUGGGCCUUAAUGAUGAUCAAUUUGGGUCGGCACAGGGGAAGAAGGGUCUGAUUGGGGUUGAUAUGAGAGCUCUAUUUACGCCUUCCUCUGGGGCUUCUUUGGCCAAAGCGGCUUCUUCCAGGGAGAUUUCGCUGUUGAACCCUGUUUGGGUUUAUUCUAGGACUACCCAGAAGCCGUUUUAUGCUAUAUUGCAUAGAAUUGAUGUGGGGAUUGUCAUUGAUUUGGAGCCUGCACGGUCUGUUGAUCCUGCAUUGUCGCUUGCUGGUGCUGUACAGUCACAGAAACUUGCGGUUAGAGCGAUUUCCAGGUUGCAGGCUCUACCUAGUGGUGAUAUCGGUAUUCUAUGUGAUACGGUUGUCGAAGAUAUUCAAAAACUUACCGGGUAUGAUAGAGUGAUGGUGUAUAAGUUCCAUGAUGACGAACAUGGUGAAGUAGUGUCAGAAAUCAGAAGGUCUGACUUAGAGCCAUACCUUGGUUUGCAUUAUCCUGCCAUUGAUAUACCUCAAGCAGCUCGUUUUUUGUUCAAGCAGAACCGCAUUAGGAUGAUUUGUGAUUGCAAUGCGAAGCCGGUGCCAGUCAUUCAAAGUGAUGAUCUAAAGCAGCCUCUUUGUUUGGUAAAUUCAACAAUAAGAGCACCACAUAGUUGUCAUUUGCAAUACAUGGCAAAUAUGAGUACCUUAUCUUCAUUAGCAAUGGCAAUAGUUAUGAACAGUGAUGACUCACCAACAAGGCUAUGGGGUCUGGUAGUGUGUCACCAUACUUCUCCUCGAUAUGUCCCUUUCCCACUUCGUUAUGCCUGCGAGUUUCUCAUGCAGGCGUUCGGGCUGCAGCUUUACAUGGAACUUCAAUUGGCAUCACAAUUAACAGAGAAAAAGAUCCUCAAGACACAAACUUUACUUUGUGACAUGCUUCUCCGAGGCUCUCCAUGUGCAUUGCUGACUCGGUCUCCUAGUAUAAUGGAUCUCGUGAAGUGUGAUGGUGCUGCAUUGUACUAUAAGGGGGCAUGCUAUUUAUUAGGUAUAACUCCAACUGAAGCACAAGUAAAAGAUCUUGCAGAGUGGAUACUCAAUAAUCAUGGGGAUUCUACAGGGCUGAGCACGGAUAGUUUGGCUGAUGCUGGCUAUCCUGAAGCUGCUUCACUAGGUGAUGCAGUGUGCGGUAUGGCAACUGCAAGAAUCACUUCAAAGGAUUUCUUAUUCUGGUUCAGGUCCCAUGUUGCAAAGGAAAUUCAAUGGGGAGGAGCCAAGCAUCAUCCAGACGAUAAGGACGAUAGUGGAAGAAUGCAUCCAAGAUCAUCAUUUAAAGCAUUUCUUGAAGUUGCAAAGAGUAGAAGUUUGUCUUGGGAAGUUCAGGAAAUAAAUGCCAUUCACUCAUUGCAGCUAAUAAUGAGGGAGUCUUUUCCGAACUCUGGGGACAGUAAUUCAAAGGCAGAAAAUUCUCCCCAGUUGAGUGAUGCUGAGAUGCAGGAUAUCAAUGAACUCAGUUCAGUAGCUUGUGAAAUGGUUAGGUUGAUUGAAACAGCAACGGUUCCAAUUUUUGGUGUUGACUCAACUGGUUUGAUCAAUGGAUGGAAUGCUAAAAUUUCUGAACUUGUGGGAUUACAUACUGGAGAAGCUCUGGGGAAAUCUCUGGUUAAUGAGAUUGUUCAUGAAGAUUCACGUGGAACUGCCGAAGAUUUACUUUCCUGUGCUCUGCAAGGUAAGGAAGACAAAAAUGUGGAGUUAAAACUGAGAAGUUUUCGAACUGAUAAAGAACACCCUAACGUGUAUAUUGUAGUUAACGCUUGCACAAGUAGAGAUUACACAAACAAAGUUGUUGGAGUUUGCUUUGUUGGGCAAGAUCUUACAUCUGAGAAAGGUGUGAUGGAUAAAUUUAUCCGUCUGCAGGGAGAUUAUAAGACUAUUAUUGAAAGUCUGAGCCCAUUGAUUCCUCCAAUGUUUGUUUCAGAUGAGAAUGGUUACUGCUGUGAAUGGACUGCAGCCAUGGAAAAGCUUACUGGUUGGAGGAAAAAUGAAGUUGUAGGAAAAAUGCUAGCUGGGGAGAUCUUUGGGAAUUUCUGUAGAUUGAAAGGUCUAGAUACCCUCACUAGGUUCAUGAUUCUAUUAUAUCAAGGCAUUAGUGGUCAAGUAACCGAAAAGUUUCCAUUAGGAUUUUUCAAUAAGGAUGGGAAUUAUGUAGAUGUGCUGUUAACAUCGAACAAGAGAACUGAUGCCGAAGGAAAUGCCAUUGGUUGUAUCUGCUUCCUGCAAAUUGUUCAGCCCAACUUACAUGGGGUCUUGGAAGGACUUGGGACGGGUGAUAGAGAGGCCAUUCUGCAGCAUAAGGAGUUGAGCUUCUUAAAGCAUGAGGUGAAAAAUCCUUUAAAUGGCCUCAGAUUUAUGCAUGAACUCCUUGUAAACUCUGGUAUUACCGAAAACCAGAAACUUUUCCUUGAUACUAGUGAUGCAUGCGAGAGACAAAUCAUGACAAUCAUAGAGGAUAUGGACUUCAGAAGUUUAGAAGGGGGCCAAGUAGAGAUCAACAGACAAGACUUUCUCCUUGGGAGUGUUUUGGAUGCCAUUAUCUGUCAAAUCAUGAUUGUUGUCAGAGAGAGGAACAUUCAACUUUUUCAUGAAAUUCCAGAAGAAAUCAAAACGUUAACUCUUUGUGGCGACCAAAUUAAGCUUCAGAUGGUUUUAUCAGAUUUCUUACUUAACAUAGUGCAGUAUGCGCCUGUUCUGGAUGGUUGGGUUGAAAUCAAAAUUUCUUCUGGUUUGAAGCUUAUACAAGAUGGAAAUGAGCACAUUCACUUGCAGAUCAGAAUGUCACAUCCAGGUCAAGGUUUGCCUCAUGAACUAAUCCAAGAUAUGGUUGGAGGAGGACAACAGUGGACUUCAGAACAAGGCCUGGCCCUAAACCUGUCACGCAGACUUCUUAAUAAAUUGAACGGUAAUGUCCGCUAUGUUAGAGAGCAAACCAAAUGCUACUUCCUCAUCGACCUCGAACUCAAGUUAAGGCGCUUGAGAGGGUCAACAGAAGCUACUACGAGCCAAAGGACUUGAGUUUCUAGUUUCGAGCUGAUGAACGCUUGUACAAAUAGAAUUGAGAACCCUUCUCAUUUUGAGCCUGGACGACGUGAAAAUCCAGUAGUGUCCCCAGCACAAUUGUUUUACCUGAUAAAUGAAAGCAUUCGACGGGUCCAUUUUUCAGUUGUGACAACGUUGGAUGGUCAGAUUUGGUGUGAAAAUUGUAUGCAAUAUGUUUGUAAAUGAUAAAGUCGGAUUUAGAAGUUUGUGAAGUUCUGCUUGUAUUUAGUAGUUGCCGCUGCUGGUGCAUGUUUCAGCAAUGCGGCAGUGUAUAUGAAUGAAAACUGAAACAUGCAGUUUUGUUUGUUGCGUUAUGUAUGUGAAAGCCAUACAUUGUAAUAUAUUUGAGAAUUGUGCUUAUUCUGGCACUUUUUAUGGCUCAUACAUCUACAUUUAUUCCA